AAUUUGCAGCAGAAAACAGACAGGAAAACUCAGCAAAGGUGAAAAAGUACUACAAUCAACAUUUAAAAAGCAUCCCUUUGCAACCAGGAGAUCGAAUACUGGUCAGGAACCUCUCAGAACGUGGGGGUCCUGGUAAACUGCGAGCAUAUUGAGAAAACUGUAUCUACCGUAUUGUUAAAAAGAUAUGAGAUGGACCUGUGUAUCAAGUACAAGCUGAGACCUGAGACCGUAAUCUUCUAGUCUUCCACAGAAUUCUUCUUCUGUCAGUAAAUAACCUGGAGCUGGAACAAUAACAAAGUCAUAAAGAAAACCCGACUGGAAAAACACAAAGGAAAGAUCAAAUGUCACUUUAGGCAGCUGCUGGGCCAGAGUCUGAACAAUCUGUCGAGGAGGAAGAAAACUCUUUUUACUGGCAACGGGUACCUGUGUAUCAGUGGAGAACCACAGCUACUACUUAUGUACCAUGUCCCAUUCCCUGUUGCCAUCGCAACCUGUCAUGUACUAUUUGCCCACACCUGUGGGGACAUGUUAAGAGUAGUAAACAGUAAACUUAACAUGACUUGACGUGACAAAUAUUUAGUACAAGAUGCCAGAGUCAUCUCUUGAGGCAGGGGAGGUUACAAAACGUUAAAAGAGAGAAAAUAUCGCCCCUUCUUAGCCUAGGGCUGGCGCCGGUAACAUAUAAACCAAUUUUCAGGAACCGAAAGCAAACUUGGAAGUGCCCACAAGAGAAGGGGUUGGUUCAAACUGUUGUUCUCCUUGGACUGCGUAACAUUAAAAGUUCAAUAUGAUACUUGUUAAACUUCUGAUUCUGUCCUUAACUUUGUCAGCAGCAUGUGGAUUGAGAUGCUACUCAUGCACAGCGGCCGACCCCAAAUCCUGCAUGGACACCAAAGCCUGUGCUGCCCUCUUCAACCGUUGUUUCUCACUCAGAACGGAGGGCUAUGACAUCGUCACCAAGGGCUGCCAAACCAGUGCAUUGUGUGUUGGAGCCGUGAAAUGCUGUGAAGGGGAUCUGUGCAACAGCAGCGCACCACCUGGAUCCAGUUCCCUUUUGAUCAUGCUGACUGCAGCUAUGUUCAUACUUUUCCUCUGAGAGCCUAAAAUUUGAGAUUUAAAAUGUUUUUCAUUGAUAUUUCAAAAAAUUAAAAGAGAAAUGGAGACAUUUUUCAAGUGACCCAUUCAAAUGAAAAUUAAGUUUUGGUGUUCUUAACAUAUUCUAGUCGCAUGUUUUCAUUAUGGACAACAUAAAUAAAAGUAUUUAAGAUUACAAUUGCUUUUCAGAGUAAAUUUUAUUCAAUAUGUGAUGGAUCAAGAGCUGAUAAAAACCCCUUGUUUGAAAAAGCUCCCUUUUCUGAAGCAGUAACUGAAAUAGGCGGGUGAAAGUGUAUCAGCUCACCUUCAAUUCUUAUGCAUCCACCUGCACAGAAAUAGAUCCCUCAACAUCUUGAGUUUACUUGUCUUAGUUGGCAUCUGAUUCAGAACUGCACAACUGGAUAGCUCCAAUGUUGCUCACUAUUUUUGUUUUGCUGGUAACGGUAGCUUGGGGUUGUAAAGGGCUGUAAGCUAGCGGAAGAGAGUGGAAACAAAGGCAUGAUGGGAUAUCAGCAGAGGCUUACUUUCCCAUCAACAGACAUGCCCACAACUCAGAGGGGAAUUUCUGAUGAACUCCUGCUGCACUGCAUAAACUUUGCCCUAAAAAAUUUGAUUUUGCCUAAAACUUGCGUAAUCAUAAUUAAAAGAUAUAAUUGGACAGGGACUAUAAAUGUUUCAGCAUAAUCAUCAUCGUCGUCGUGGCUUCAUACCGUUUUGGUGUUCUUUACAUGUUCUAGUAGCAUUUUGACAACAUAAAUUAAAUAAAUUUAAGAUUACAAUUG